GCGGGGCCGCCCCGCCCGUGCCGCCCUCCCGGCGUGCGGGGGCCGCUGCCGCCGCCUCCAAACUUUGUACGGGGCGAGCGGCGCCGCGGCCCCGCCGCCCGGGAGGGGAGAGCGGCGCGGGGAGAGCGGCGGGACCCGAGCCGGGCGGCGGAACCAGGGCAGCCGCCGCGCUGCGGAGCGAGGGGCUCCUUGCCCUGCCCUGCCCUGCCCUGCCCUGCCCUGCCCUGCCCUGGCACACCGGCUCCGGGGGCAGCAGCCGGCCGUGCUUCGUUCGCCUGCGCCGGGCGAGAGGAAGAGAAGGUAAUGAAUGAGGAAGUCGAGUGAGUAACUCAGGGCUGCCUUUCCCCUUGGUGGCGAACAGUGGUGUUUUAUUGGUUCAGCUCUGUGGCUUAGACCAGGCUUCUGCAAGGAUGGGGCCCUUGGAAGCAGUAGGUGAGGACAACCAGACAGAUGACAUGAAAAUGGAGCUGUUCACUAAGCUGUACUUGACAAGAUACACCACACCACUCAACGAAUUAGCUCUGGACCCUAAACCAGAACUGAAGGACAGCACAACACUUGUUGAAGUGCAGAUAAUUCUUAUCUUUGCUUACUGCUCCAUCAUCCUGCUGGGAGUGAUCGGAAACUCCCUCGUGAUCCACGUGAUCAUCAAGUUCAAAAGCAUGCGCACAGUGACUAACUUCUUCAUUGCCAACCUGGCAGUGGCUGACCUGCUGGUGAACACGCUGUGCCUGCCCUUCACUUUGGUUUAUACGCUCCUGGGCGAAUGGAAACUGGGCCCGGUCUUGUGCCACCUGGUGCCUUAUGCCCAGGCCCUUGCUGUCCACGUGUCUACUGUUACUUUGACUGUCAUCGCUCUGGAUCGUCACCGCUGCAUCGUCUACCACUUGGAAAGCAGAAUCUCUAAGCGGAUCAGCUUCCUGAUUAUAGGAGUUGCCUGGGCAGUCAGUGCCCUGUUGGCAAGUCCUCUGGCCAUCUUCCGUGAGUAUUCGUUGAUUGAGAUCAUUCCUGACUUCAAGAUUGUGGUCUGCUCUGAGAAGUGGCCAGGGGAGGGGCAGCUCAACUAUGGCACCAUCUACAGCAUCUCCAUGCUCCUGAUCCAGUAUGUUCUGCCUCUGGCAGUCAUCUCCUAUGCCUACAUCCGUAUUUGGACCAAGCUCAAGAACCACGUUAGCCCCGGAGCGGGGAAUGACCACUAUCACCACCGGCGCCGGAAAACCACCAAGAUGCUGGUGUGCGUGGUUGUGGUGUUUGCUGUCAGCUGGCUGCCCUUUCACACCUUCCAGCUGGUCAGUGACAUUGACAGUCAGGUGUUAGACCUGAAAGAGUACAAACUGAUCUACACGGUGUUCCAUGUCAUUGCCAUGUGCUCCACGUUUGCUAACCCCCUCCUCUAUGGCUGGAUGAAUAACAACUACAGGACGGCCUUCCUCACGGCCUUCCAGUGUGAGCAGCGGCUGGACUCCAUCCACCCCGAAGUAUCAGCAGCUUUCAAAGCCAGGAAGAAACUAGAAGCCAAGAGGAUUCAGUUCCCUGGGGACUCUUUCACACAGCCUACCAAUGUCUAAGAUGUCUGACUGUAAAGAAGAAAUUACUAUGUUGUGGACAAAGGGAUGAACCCAUUUUGGUACAUGCAUUUUCAAUGCAUAGUUUUAUUCAUAAAUGGUGAAAGAACAGUAGCAGGAAAGUCAAGGCAGGUAUUACGAUUUGAAGGGAGUUGAUCGAUGCCAAGAGUAUGUAAAUAUACAGCUGCAAGGAAGUAAAAGGGAGAGGCUUAGUUUAUGGCUGUCUCUAACAGGGUAAAUAAAAACUCUUCCAUCCUUCCAGUAUCUUCUUGUCAAGUCUAAAUGACACGUGCAGGGCUUGCUGGUUUUGCUGGAGGAAGGCAAAUGGCUGAUUUAUAGCAUAGGAAUAUUGGUGGUGGGAGUGGAUAGUUUUUAUAUUUGAUGUGAAAAUCAAGGAGUGCAGAAGUCUGCCAGGAGGAAGAAACAUGUCUGGUGGGGGAAUCAGCUGUGUUGGUUAAACCUCAAACUUUUCAGGCCCCUUCUCUCCUACAGGCAUCUUUUGCAAAGACAAGGGAAUUAAGAAGAGAAAUGCUUUACUUCUUUUUGACUUGUGCCAGACUAUUUCAAGCCAGAGCAUUUGAAAUAGAUUAGAUGGUGAAAACAGAAGAGAAAAGAAAAAACAAAACCCACCCAAAUACUGGAUUCAGUGAGAGGAAAGGUCAAGUUUCUACAUAAAAUGAAAUGUGGGUUUUGGCCAGUCGAAUGGGGUAAAAAGUCAUCCCUUAAGAAUUGGCGUUUAUGCUGGUGAGAAAAUCACGAGCCUGUGACUUGAUCAGUCAUUCUCUGCAGAUUCCUGCCUUUCAUUCUGCUCUGGGAACAGCUCACAAAUGCAGUGCUUCAAAGUGGCAUUUGAGGGCAGGGAAUGCAGGCUCAGGUCUUCUGUGAGCACUUCAUAAACUGCUAAUAUUUUCAUUUUCAGGACCUGCUUAAAUGUCUAAUGUGUUAUUAACUCCACAGGCUUUGAAUUGUUGCUGCUUCUGCCUGGAUAAUAAAACAGCAGAUAAUUCUGAUCCUCUGGAAAGGCUGCUAGAUGGUAAAGUGCUUUUCCUUAUUGUGGUUUUGUGUCACAUACUCAUCUCGUCUCAGAGCUUUUUCCAUCUUUAGCCUUUGUGAAAAUUAAGAACAUCUGAAUGACUGUAACCUAAUAACAGUAUGCUAUGUUUAUGUGAUAACUUAUCAGUUAUUCUGCAUGCUGUAGUUGAUAGUUAAAUUCCUUUUUUGCUCAGGUAUAAAAUUUUAAUCUGUUUACUGUGUUGUACACAGCAAUGUUCAACUCUUCUAUGUCUUUGUUAAGCCUCUUUGAACUCAUUAAAGAGAUGAAGAAAAUUUCAAUCCAUGUUUAUUCCCAGCUGCCCUGUUGCUUAUCUGGAAUAAAGACAAGUGUGAUAUUUUCACUUGAAGUCUAGUUUGAUGGCUACAUUUCAGCAGCCUCAUUUUUUCUUUGCAUUUUUUGUUGUUCCUAAGUUCAUUAUGUUCUCUCUUACAAAUUAAAACCCGAUAAAACUC